CUAUCUUCUAUGGAAGAAGUUACCAUAUCAAAUAAGAAUUAUUUAUGCUGAUAAACAUGAAAAAGUUCUGUUUAUUGGGAUUGUUAGUUGGAGGUGCACUAUCUAUGACUCUAAAGGACCAGGAGAGCAUUUUAAAUAAGGAUAUGUUAACACCCGAGGAUAUUGCUAGAAUUCUAGAGAUAAAUGAUUUAGUUCCGGACGGGAGUAAACCUGUAGAGUACGCUUCCUUUCUUCUCAGUGGAGAUCGUUGGACGGAUAUCGUUGUUAGAGAGGAAGGAGAUAUCAAGGAGAUAUCUGGAGAUUAUAUCAGAAAGAACAUAGCAGAGCUGUUAUCUCAAGCAGAAACCAACAAAGAUUCAUUGAUCAAUGAGCAACAGGAAAAAGAUGCCAACCUUGCUCCUCUAGAGAGAAUAGGUGAUGAAACAACAGAAGAUACAGAAACAGAAUCAGCUGACGAAACUACGGAAGCUGACGAAACUACGGAAAAUGAUGAAAUUAUGACAGCUGACGAAACCGCGACAGCUGAUGAAACUACAACAGCUGCGGAAACUACAACAGCUGCGGAAAAUACAACUAUUUUGCCUGAAAACCAACCAAAAAGUGGAACUGUAGAACUUCUCGUAGAAAACAUCGUUUCAAGUGGACAUGCUAUAAACUGGUCACCUACACAGAAUUGUCUGUAUAUUGCAGAUCUAUGGGGAAUGAAGUUUAUCAGAUUUGAAGAAAUUGCUCCUGUAACGACGACAUUUUCUCCCACCACUACGGAAGUUAUUGUAACAUCCGUUGGUUCAACUGUAGCUCCUGAAACAGCUACCACAGAAGAUUCUGCUGAAGAUAACACUGGUAAUCCUGGAUUACUUACAGAAGAUAGUGAUGAUGAUCUGUUUGCAAGAGAUGCAGAUUCUUCAGUUUCUUCUGUUGGAGAAACCACUACAGAUGCUUCUUCUAGAGAUAUUACUACUGCAGAUUCUUUUGCUGAAGAAACUACGGUGACUCCUGCGGAAGCAACCACUUCUCAUGUACAGGAUGAACUGUUUGAUAUCCGAGAGCUGAGAAUCCCUAGGGAGUUCUUGUUCUUAAGUCAUCCGUGGCUAGUUUCAGAGUCGGAAUAUGCCUUUAUAGUUCCAGUCUUACAUGAUGAGGUUGUGUAUGAUGAGUAUGACCAGAUAGUAGAGAUGGAGAUAGAUGUGUAUCCUAGUAAAGUAUUGAUGGGAAUGGGAAACUCUGUUAUAUUUGGAGAGUUUAAUGCUACCCAGGAGGUGACAAAGAUAGUAACGAUAGAAGAGUACAGAGCAAUGAGAGCUAUUACGGUUUUGCGCCCAGAUUUUCAUGUUCAAUCUUCGGCCUUUGUAGACCCUCUUGGUAGACUUAUCACAGGAACCUAUGAUAUCAGACCACUGGACUCAGAUAUUCCCAACAGUAAGCUUUGUAUUUGGGACAGAGCUCUAGAGUGCUUCGGAUCUGGAGCUUAUGAUGUUAAGGUGAGUCGUCCAACUGGAAUGUCCUUUAGCUUAGAUAACUCUACACUAUAUAUAGUAGAUGCAAAUACCAGGAGUUUAUAUAGUGUUCCUUACAACCUAAAGUCAGGAGAAAUGUAUGCUGCAUCAAACACUCUUUCUCUCAAUCAACUUCUUGAAGACCCGAACGCCAGACCAUUUGGUUUAGUCACGGAUGAGAACGGACAUCUGUGGGUUGGGAUUUCCUCCAGAGAAUCUGGAACCUUGGUUGAGAUUAAUCCGGAUACUGAUACCAUCAUAUCUUCUAUAGAUCUACCAGAAUCUGAUAUUUCUGAUAUCAAAUUUGGCGGGAAGGAUUUUGAAUUUAUGUAUAUUCUGACAAAACGAAAUAUUUACAAGAUUCAAGAUAUUGGAGUGAAAGGGAAGGUGGUUUCAGAUUUUAACAUGAUUUAUUAAUUAACAACUAUACAAUACAUAUGUUAAAUUAAGUAAAAUAUGUUCCUUAUCUGUUUGUGUUUCUGUCUGUUAUCCAAUAAAAAUUAAAACUGUCAA